AUUCCCUCCGGCCCGCGGGGAGGGCGUCUUGGCCGGCGUCCAUCCAGGCUGGCAAGGAAACCACAAGUUGGGAGGAAGGAGGGAAGCAACACAAGACAGUCAAGGAACUUGCAGCAAUCCGGAAGGCCACGGGGCACCAAUGAGAGGGAAGCGGUUUUAUUGGGGGGCUGGACGGGUCCCCCCAGUAAGCCCCAUCCUCUCCGCAGAAGUCUUUUAUUUAGCGGUGUUUCUCAACCUUGGCAACUUGAAGACGGGUGGACUUCAAUUCCCAGAAUUCCCCUGCCGGCUGAGGAAUUGUGGGAGUUGAAGUCCACCCACUUUAAAACCAGCAAGAAGAUGGAGAAACCCUGAAUUAGAGAAAAGACACCUUAACACUUGGGAUAGCACCCAAUCAAGCUUGGCAAGUGGCAGAGUUGGCUUCCCAUGGUGGAACCGAACCAGAUCGCCAAUGCUGAACCUAUCGUGUCCUGUCCCAGAGAAGGUGGGGACCAACCACCAAGGACCACCAAACGUGCAUCUCCUGAGGGGAAAUUAUUUUGGGGAUACGUAUAUAUGUAUAUACUUUUAAGAAGAAUUCUGCCUCCGUCCCCAGAAAUGUUAACCAUCAAGUUGCCUCAAAUCUUCAGGAUCCAUCAAGUACCUCCGGUUUUCUGGGAAGAAGGUAUCAUGUCGGGGUACCGACACCCCAAAAGUUCUGCCUUGGAUUGUGUCCUCAGCUCCUUCCAACUGAACAACGAAACCGUCAAUAUCUGGACUCACUUCCUUCCAACGUGGUAUUUCUUAUGGCGAUUUGUGAUGCUCUCCUAUCGCCUGGACUUCUGGAGCGACACUUACAGCUGGCCAUUCCUGGCCUACAUGGCUCUGGUCUGCCUCUAUCCCUUUGCGUCCAGCUGCGCCCACACCUUCAGUACCAUGUCCACCCACGCGCGACACAUCUGCUACUUCUUGGACUACAAUGCCCUCAGCCUCUAUAGUUUGGGCUGUGCAUUCACCUAUGGCGCCUACGCGAUGCCGGAUCGUUGGGUCAACAGCCUGGGGCACCACUGCUUUGUCCCCAUGGCGGCCCUAAAUUCUUUUAUCUGCACCAGCCUUUCUUGCUAUUCUCGGUUCCUGGAGCUGGAGUGGCCCCGCUGGAGCAAGACCGCCCGGACGGCUGCCUUCGUCUACCCGUUCUUCUUCGACAACAUCCCGCUCUUCUUCAGGCUUUGCUUCUGUUUUGGAGACGAUUGUACGUGGAACGACUCCGUGGCCAGUUAUUUCUACCACCUUUUCUUUGCCCUGCUUACCGGCUUCCUCUUUGCGUCGCAUCUCCCGGAACGGCUGGCUCCCGGUCGCUUCGAUUUCAUCGGCCACAGCCACCAGCUGUUCCACAUCUGUGCCGUGGUGGGCACCCAUUUCCAGCUGGAAGCCAUCCUGGGCGACAUGAAUUCUCGGCGAACAUGGUUGAGCGCCCACACCCCGCCAGCCAUGUUCACCUGUACUUUCGUCGUUCUGGGCGCCACCAUGCUGGGCAACCUGGUCCUCUUUGCCGCCUUUGCCGUAGCCCUCUUCCGCUUGCCGGCUUCCAUCCGGAUCCUGCAGGGCAGCCUCCCCGAAUCGGAGGGAUCCAAGGAGAAGUAGUUGCCAGGAGGGGGCAACCGCGGGGGCUGUUCUGGACCGGCGGGCACUGCCAGCUCACCGGUGAUGCCUUCAUACCUCAAGAUCGCCUGGGCGUGGAGGAAAACGACCGUUUGACGUUACAACGGCAGUGAAAAAAAGGGACUUAGGCAGAGGUGGGAUUCAGCCGGUUCUGUCUGGUUCGGGCGAAUUGGUAGCGGCCACUGCAUGAAGCUCUGCCCAUCUGCCCAGACGUAAAGCUGUGUGCAAAGGCAGAGGAGGCAUGUCCGAACGAAGCGAGUGCACACGCUCACAUUUGCGAACCGGUAGGGAAGUUAAGUGAAUCCCAGCUCUGGACUUAGGGCUGUUUUUCACACUUGCGACCGUCCCAUCAUCCCCAUGGUCGCGGGAUCAAAAUUCCAGAUGUUUGGCAAUUGACUCAUAUUUAUGACGGUUGCAUCGUCCCUGGAUCACGCGAUUCCCCUUUUGCGACCUUUCUGACAAGCCACGUCAAUGGGGAAGCCGGAUUCACUUAACAACCGUGCGACUAACUGAACACCUGGCAUGCUUCACUUAACAACGGUGGCGAGAAAGGUUGUGAAAUGGGGCAAAACUCACCUAAGCAAUGUCCCACGCUUAGGUUCCAUUGUGAUCAUAAAUUGAGGAUUUACAGGUAGUCCUCGACUUACGGCAGUUCACUUAGCGACUGCCCAAAGCUACAACAGCACUGGGGAAAAAAUGACUUAUGACCUUUUUUUUCACAGUUACGACCUUUGCAGCAUCCCCAGGAUCACGCGGUCAAAAUUUGGAUGCUUGGCAACUGCUUCGUACUUACGACCGUUGCUGCGUCCCAAGGUCACUUGAUUCUCUUUUUGCGACCUUUUGACAAGCCAAGUUAAUUGGGGGGAAGCCAGAUACCCUGGACGAUCAUUGCUACUAAAUUAUCAACUGCAUUGAUUCACUUAACAGUGGUGAAAAAAAAGGUCAUAAAACGGGGCGAAGCUCAUUUAGCAAAUGCCUCGCUCAACAACAGAAACUUUGGGCUCAAUUAUAGCCGUAGUCGAGGACUAACUGUAACUGUGUUUCCCUGUGUUGGUGGCGAAUGGCUGCCAAAGCAGAAGAGAAGGUGGGCUCCAAUUUUGCUUGGGACUUUUUGAGUUCAGCUGCA